CUCCUCCUCCGUUCUUCCCCUCGCGGCGGCGGCAACGGCGGCGUUCUUCCGCCGGCGCGCCCUCGAACCCUCCUCCUCGCCUCGAAGUUUUCUGCGCGGUGGAGUGCUGGUGGCGGCGGCUGAUUUCCGAAGAGGAGAGGAAUCUGGAGCGCUCGUAUGGAGCGGGGCUAGCUGCGGAUGGAGCUAGGAGUCCCACAGAGCUAGGGCUCGCUGAUGCUGCUGGGACUGCCUCGGUCGCCUCAUUGCCUACCAUGUCUUCCGCCCCGGUGUUCCCCGUGCUCCGCCACGACGAUUACUUCACCAGGCCGUCAAUCGAUGAGCUGGUGGAGAUGGAGGCGGCUGACCCUGGCUACUGCAGCAGGGUCCCGGGCUUCGUCGUCGGGAGGGUAGGGUAUGGGCAGCUUAGCUUCCCCGGCGACACCGAUGUGAGGGGGAUGGACCUGAAUGAGAUCGUUAAGUUUGGCAAGCACUGUGUGGAGGUUUACAAGGAUGAGGAUAGCAAGCCUCCUCUAGGGCAAGGUCUUAACAAGGCAGCAGAAGUGACGUUGAUGCUGGAUUUGAGUGAAAUCCCAGAGCCUGGCACUCUUGUUGAGGUGCUGAAACGUCAAACGAGAAAGCAGGGUGCUUGGUUUGUUUCGUUCAACCACUUGAGUGGCAGGUGGAAGUUUGAGGUCGAUCAUUUUAGUCGAUUUGGUCUUGUGGAUGAGGAGGAAGAGGAUGUUGUGAUGGAUGAGGUGGUAGCUCGGCAGCCUAUUGCCGAAGUAAGAGAACCACCUGCAAAUGGUCAUGAACUGGAGCUUUCGCGUUCGUUGCCUGCUCAUCUUGGGCUUGACCCUGCAAAGAUGCAAGAAAUGCGGAUGACAAUGUUCUCCAAUGAGGAUGGUGACGAAGAUAUGGAGGAUGGAUUCCCAUCUGAUCAGAGAUAUUUUAGCAGUGAAAGGAUGAAUGUGGAUUCACCCAACUCAAGUGCUUUGAGGCUGAGGUCGCUCUCUCCUUUGCAUGGUUCUUCUCUGAAGGUCGGUAGGAAAUUUGGUGUUCUUGAUAGGAAAGAACCACAAGCACUGCUGGAAUACAGUGCAAAUUCUUCAGAACUUGGCCUAUCUUCUCAUGGUAUUCUUAUGUCUGGGCAAAACAAGGGAUUUCCAGUGAGAAUGACCAAGGUGGAUGGCUUUAAGUUGCCAGCUAAUCAAACAACGCCUGUUACUGGGAAAAUAUACACUAACUGUGUUGUUGAUGCUGCUUUAUUUAUGGGUAAGUCAUUUCGUGUUGGUUGGGGACCAAAUGGCAUCCUUGUUCAUUCUGGUAGUCUUGUCAACAGACCUGGAACCGGUCUAUCUUCUGUGAUUCACGUAGAGAAAGUUGUGUGUGACAAAGUUGUGCGUGAUGAGAAGAACAAAGUUAAGGAGGAACUGACAGAUCUAUGCUUCUCAGAACCGAUGGAUCUCCAUAGGAAGCUUGAUCGGGAAUAUCUGGAGACUGAGUCUGACUUGUUUAAAUUAAAGCUUCAGAAGGUUGUGACAAGUCGUUUUGUGCUGCCAGAUAUUUGCAGGUCUUAUAUUGACAUCAUUGAAAGGCAGCUCGAAGUCAGUGAUUUAUCUCUGUCUUCGCGUGUUCUGUUAAUGCAUCAGGUUACAGUUUGGGAGCUAAUUCGGGUCUUGUUCUCAGAAAGAGCAACUGGCACCCAGUUAGAACCUACUGGCGAUGAGGACCAGGAGGGGAUGAUUUUAGAUAAGAAAGAAGGUUCUGUUGCGAUAGACCUUGAAGCGCUCCCUUUGGUUAGAAGAGCAGACUUCAGCAAUUGGUUACAGGACAGUGUUUGUCAUCGGGUUCAAGGAGAGGCAGGUUCCUUAAAUGAUGCCAGGUAUUUGGAACAUAUUAUUCUGCUUUUGACCGGUCGCCAAUUAGACACGGCCAUGGAAAUUGCUGCUUCAAGGGGUGAUGUUCGAUUGGCAAUUUUGCUAAGCCAGGCAGGUGGGUCAAUGCUAAAUCGAUCUGACCUUGCUCAGCAACUGGAUCUAUGGAAAGCAAAUGGUCUAGAUUUUAAUUAUAUUGAGGACGACAGGGUAAAGAUAUAUGAGUUGCUUUCCGGUAAUGUACAAGGUGCCUUGGUGGAUUUAUCAAUUGACUGGAAACGGUACCUUGGACUAAUAAUGUGGUACCAACUAUCGCCUGAUACAUCACUUGAUAUUAUCAUUCACUCUUAUCACCAGCUCCUUGGUGAGGGCAAAGUCCCAUAUCCUGUUCCUGUAUAUAUAGACGAAGGACCUCUUGAUGAGUCACUUCAGUGGUCCCCAGGUGACCGCUUUGACAUAUCUUUUUAUCUAAUGCUUCUUCAUGCAAAUCAAGAUGAGAAGUUUGGGAUGCUGAAAACUAUGUUCAGUGCAUUCUCAUCUUCAUAUGAUCCCUUGGACUACCAUAUGAUCUGGCAUCAGCGUUCCAUUCUGGAAGCUAUUGGUGCUUUCAGUUCAGAUGAUCUUCACGUGCUAGAUUUGAGUUUUGUUUACCAACUAUUGUGUCUGGGGAAGUGCCAUUGGGCUAUCUAUAUCAUUCUACAUAUGCCUCAUCUUGAUGACGCCCCAUACAUCCAUGAGAAGUUGAUCAGGGAAAUUUUGUCACAAUAUUGUGAAUCAUGGAGCAAGGAUGAAACUCAGCGAGAUUAUAUUGCAGAACUUGGCGUUCCAGCAGAAUGGAUGCAUGAGGCUCUGGCUCUUUACAACGAAUACUAUGGAGAUCAGCAAAGCGCACUGGAGAAUUAUAUCCGGUGUGGCAACUGGAAGAAAGCUCAUACAAUUUUUAUGACAUCCAUUGCUCAUUCUUUGUUUCUAUCAUCUAAACAUCAAGAGAUCUGGGACAUCACAAGUGCUUUGGAGGAUCACAAGUCUGAAAUUGCUGAUUGGGAACUUGGUGCUGGAAUAUACAUAGACUUCUUCAUUCUAAGGAGCUCCAUGCAAGAAGAAAGUACUGUGGAUGAUUCGGAUCUGCUUGAGAAGAAAAAUGAAUCAUGCAGCACUUUCUUUAGCCGGUUAAAUGAUUCAUUGCUAAUAUGGGGAAGUAAAUUACCUGUUGAGGCAAGGGCAUGCUUCUCGAAGAUGGCAGAGGAGCUAUGCGAGCUAUUAAUGAACACUCCCGGCGAGGGCUUGGCGCCAAAUCUCUACAUGGGCUGCUUUCAAACGAUGCUCAACGCUCCUGUGCCCGAUGACCACAGGUCAUCUUACCUGCAAGAAGCGGUCUCUGUUUUCACCGACAUACUUUGCAGGGAUUGAUGCUUUAUUGCUUGAAGGUCGAUGACAUUCCAUCUGACGGAUUGUUGGAAGUUUUCCUGAUUGAUCUGUAGCGUUUUGACCUGUUGGCUGUUGUGAUCAUUCACGGGAUAUGGGGUGCAGCAAUUCCCGAGUCAGUAACACACAGAAGAGCUCCAAAAGUUACCUUGCCCGGGUGCAGUGGAAAUGUAGGAUCAGCUAUUGAUGUUGCAGGUAAUUGUCAUGCUCCUCAAACCCCUGAACAAAUGUAACCCAUCAGCUUUCUUCGUCUUUGUACUGUAAUAUACUGUUACUACGGAAAGUAGCAACUCAUUAUACGGCGUGUGUGUAUGUUUUGGUCAA